UAUUUAAAGCACAUCACAUGCUCAGACUGAGCAGCGGGGCGCUCCACCACAACAGGCAAACUACUGCAAAAAAUCCAUGUUGGGGAGGAAACUAUUCAUCCCAAAAGGAUCGUGGAAAAACAUUUUUAUUCACUCUGCAAUGCCAUCGCACUUUUGGGGAGUUUAGGAUCGUCGCACAAGUGUUUCUAAAGAGUCCGACCGGGAAAGGGACAUUUUUUUAUUCACUGGAGAAACCGCGUGAGAUUGAGGAUAAAGAUGCCACUCCAGUACAGCCAGCGGUCUCUAAUAGUUCUGUCUUUACUGGGGAUUUUAUCGGCCAUCAUGUCUGUUUUAUCGGUCAUUUUGAUUUUCCAGCUUCAGUCGCAACAGGCGGCAGUGAAGGAGUCUCCCCCUUCCACCUCCUCGAUCAUACCCGCUCCUAUCUGGGCCGUCCUGCUUCCUGUCUCCACGGUGCUCUCUGCUCUGUCCCUAACCCUCCAUUUAAGCUCUGUGGUCGUGUGUCUCCUCCACAGCUACUUUUCAACAGAGGUCUGCAGAGGGGAGCAGGAUACUGAAAGAGCCGACUGGUUCCUGUUGGAUAGCAGAGCUGUACGACACGUGGCUAUAGGACUGUUCUGCCUGGGGGUUUCUGUCUACUUGGCAGCUAUGUCCAUCUUUAUGCUCCUCAUAUUUGAGGUAGAGACAGGCAUGGCGAGCGCUUGCGUACUGUCCUCCGGGAUCUUAAUCCUACUGGUGGUUGUAAUCCACUCUCUGGUCAAAGCUUCUCACAGUGCCAAACACUAUCACAGCGACCACCUCGACACCCUCUACCAGAACGACCACGGAAGCAGCAACACACCCGUCUCCCGACCUUGUGAGCUCAAAAUUGGCGUGGACAAACCGCGGAUGCACAGCAGCCAGUCCCACCUGCAGCAUCAGAUCGCCUACCCUCAAUGUGGCAACCCGAGACAGCAACAAUACCAGCAACAGCAGUACUCCCCACCCGGAGGCUCCCAGGGCCACGCUAGUGAUAAAGACGGCUACAGCAGUGGUGGCAGUUGUCCCCGGAUGCACAGGACCCUGUCUACUGAAUCUGGCUUACUGCAGGCCCAGGUUAAACCCUGGAAUGGGGUUAACAAUGAGAUGAGGAGCGUCCUUGCACGCAAGUCAGGGAUUUCUGCAAAAGACUCUACUCUUGUGUGAAAGGAAGCUGACCUUGUGGUUAAAGACACUGGUGACCUUUAAGCAUCACAAGAGGACAGCUAACCGAUGUCAAACUGUCAGUUUGUACAUUUUUACACGCAUGUUUCUCCUGACUGACUGCAGACAACAUGGGACACAGAUUGAAAAAGGUUUUCACAUUUAUCAACUGAUUUCUCCUGUUCAGAUUAUAAAGAAUUGUUGAUUUGCUGAAUAUUGAGCACAACUUUUGUAUGAUUUGUAGUACUUUGUGUGAAAGAACUUGAUCAAUCUGGCAAAUGUAAAGUUUUCAUUGGAAUACUAUGAUCAUUUUAUUCUGCUGUAUAUGGUGGCUUCUUGCCAACUAUUUGUGCACAAUGUGCAGGUGUGUUUUGUUGUUCAAAGUGGUUUCAUAUCAACCAUCAAUUUAUUAGUUUUAGAAAACAUGAUUCAGUAUAAAAGUAGGAUGUUUUCAACACCUUAAAAUGAGAUUAAAAUAAUUUUCACAA